AUGUCUGCAGCAAUGCUUCACGAAUCUAUCUGGUACGACAGACCGAAAUACGAGCAGGCAGAAGCUCAUUAUCAGAGAUCUCUCGCGGGAACUUUGUCUGUCUCGCAGUCACAUGGGUCGCCAGUAAAGGUACUUGAUAUCAAAAUCUUCAUGUUUUCCACAGCCAAUCUUUACUUUAUUUGGACUAUUUUCUUACAUGUACUGUAUAUGGUUUUUGAAAUAGAAUUGCGUUGUUAACUUUCGUUACAUGUGUUAAAAAGUUAAUUUUACAUCAUGAGAAAAGUCCAUUCUUUCACUCAUUAUUUUUUUAUUUAUUUAUAGCCGAAGGCAAUCAUAAUGAACAAAACGAAUUUUCAUACCUAGCUGAUUUUCUUUUUUGUAUGAGAAGACUUGUCUCUUCCUUAAAAUGAACAUUUAAAAUGCUUCUCUUAUCUCUACAGUACAGUUCCUUAUGAUUUGAUGUGGGCUUCCUAAACCCUACUCCCCCCCCCCCCCCCCCCCCCCCCCGUGCCACUUCUAUGUCUACUCCCCCAAGUAACUUUUACAUGAUGAUAAGGUGGCAUAGUUGUUUGCUGUACACUUUAUACACUCAUCAACAGGUGAUCUCACACUUUCUUGGGAUGUUCCAUUUUUUAUCCGACCCCCCCCCUCCCCCCCCCAAAAGAUGUCUGAAAAAAGAACCCUCAAAUUUCAUUUGGUGCCCUUUGAAAAUGAAAUCCAAAGGGUUUCAUUUUUUUUGUUGCCGCCAUUGAAAAAUUUGUCCGAAGGGACCAAAUUUUGUCAGCUACUUUGAAGUAGAAAUCCAAACCCCCUAUUCGAAAGCCUGCCAUCCUUAGGGGAUUGUGGAAGGAAGGGGGACAUCCCUUUGUAGAAGAUCAUCUCAUAGUCCUUCUAAGUUGUUAGUCGACACAGCGCAAAAUUUUAUACUUCAAGGGUUUCUUUUGAUCAAUCAAUGAUAAAAGAGCCUUGCACAGUUAGGGAAAAUCAAGUGACAGCACUGGAAAGAGUGCCUUAAAAUUAAUAAAAUUGCCAAAUUUGAAAGUGAUACAUCGUAAGUGAGCCAAGAUAUAGCUCCGCAAAGUUGUGAAAAUUUUUUAACAACAUUUGUAUGUGGGGGGCAAGUUUGUGCCCCCUCCCCCAACCAUAUAAAUGUCUGUAAAAUUUCACGUCUUUAGGGAGCUAUGUAUGUGGGGAGCAAUUUUGUGCCCCCUCCCCCCAUCAUAUAAAAUGUCUUUAAAAUUUCACGACUUUAAGGAGCUAUGUAUGUGGGGGGCAAGUUUGUGCCCCCUACCCCCAUCAUAUAAAAUGUCUUUAAAAUUUCACGACUUUAAGGAGCUAUAUAUGUGGGGGGCAAGUUUGUGCCCCCUUUCCCCACCAUGUAAAUGUCUGUAAAAUUUCACGACUUUAAGGAUCUAUGUAUGUGGGGGGCAAGUUUGUGCCCCCUUUCCCCACCAUAUAAAUGUCAACCUCGUCCCCAGGGCUUUUCCCUUAAAAAAUGGGUGGGGAGGGAAAAGGCCCUGGCAUCGGCUGGUCACGUGUCCCCUCGUACACCCUAAAAACCUGGGUGUAAUAAAUUAGCGCUAUGUGAAAAGCUAAAAUUAUGCAUAACCUCACAGCGCGCGAUCUUGGGCGGCCUUUUAUAUCUCUUGACGAUUAACGAAAAGUUUUACAAGGUUUCCUUUUUGUCACAGAUACUGGCUAUGGUAAUUUUUUGCUUUCCUCCAAUUUCUAUGAAGGGGACGGCGAGCGGUAACAUUUGUAAAACUUCCUUUAUAGAGCGAUAUAAAUGACAAACAAGCUAUCGUACAUGCAUAAAGUUUGUACCGGAAAAGUUCGUUUUCGCGACUUCUUUUGAUAUUUUAUUUUAUUUCUUGCGAAGUAGACCGCCAUACACAACCUAGUUCCAUUCACCUUAACUCUCAGCCAUAUCAUCAUAGCGAUACGCGUUGGUUUAGACUUAUCUUGUAUGACUGUAUUUUAAAAAAAUUCAUUGACCUCUGCGAGACUUGACCGAAACCGGAAACCGCGCAUGAAUAGUCUCUGGCACCCAGGGUAAAAGAAAUAUUGUUCUAGACUUCAGAGGUAUCAAACGACUGGUAACAAAGAAAGACUUGGGUCCAUUUAAAAUUGACAUAGCUGUGGUUGAUUCCAAUCGAUCGGUCAAUCUUCCCUUUAAUAUAAGGAAAAUCCUUUGUACUUAUCCUCGGAAGAGAAAAUAUAUAAGAGAUCUUCAAAUGUUUCAGAUCGGCGACCUGUCAUCGUUCCUGGCUGGAGGGCUGACUUGCAUCCGGCGCGGAGAUUUGUUUGUUUCAUGGUCGGGUUAGAAGACCAGAUUCCAUAAAGCAUUUUGAUGAACAAUUCUAUUUCAAUUAAGUUCAAUUUGUUUAAAUUCACUGCAGAUCCUAGAGGCAAAGGCCCACAUUUUUGUUUGACAUUGGACAAAAUCACUUUCCGCUUGAUGAUCGUAUAGUAAUUCCACAGUCGCGAUGAAUUUCAGUCGAAGUACUACUCGAUAACAGCUUGUCUCAACUCUGAAGCAUUUGACAUAUUUUGUACGUGACAACGUAGAGCCGGUACGCCCUUUCAUAAACUUGUAGCGUUUGAAUAAUACACAAUUAAAUGGAUCUUAAGCUUUUGAAUCGCACAGAUGCGAAAAUAUUGACAUACAGUUCGUGAUAUUAUUACUUUCCAUUGUUGCUCCGUUCGACUUCUGUCAGCGCAAAACCAGCGGGUUGCAUAUAAAUUAGCUUCUCAGGAAUAUUUAGGCUGUACACGUGACCAGCCGAUGCCAGGGCCUUUUCCCGCCCCACCCAUUUUUUAAGGGAAAAGCCCUGGGGACGAGGUUGUAUAAAUGUCUGUAAAAUUACACGGCUUUAAGGAGCUAUGUAUGUGGGGGGCAAGUUUGUGCCCCCUCCCCCCACCAUAUGAAUGUCUGUAAAAUUUCACGACUUUAUGGAGCUGUAUCUUCAUUAGUUUUGAACAAAUCACUUUCAACCUUGACAAUUUUACUAAUUUUAAGGUACUCUUUCCAUUGGUGUUGACAGAUUUUCCCUAACUUGUCAAAAGUUGAAAAAAACUGUGGAAGGGUCCAUUAAAGUUCUAGCGUUAAAGCACCCUACAACUGCUCCUCAAGAAACAAAACAUGAUUGCUGAGAUAAUCUGCAGUAGUUGUAGUUUAAUAUCAAAACCUUACCUAAAUUAAAAGUCACAAAAAACUAAGGAAUACAUGUAAUCAUGAAACUAACACUGUAAAAAUUAUUAACAUAGAGAACAGUGUGAAGAAUAUGCUUCUUGGUUUUAAUUUAGGGCUGGGUUAAUAUGAACUGUUGACUCCUUCUUGAGAAUUCUUGCUGACUUGUUGCAUUCUUUUUGCACAAUUUAGUGGUUUAUUGUAUUAGAUAAUGAAUUUGAACUGACUAGUUGUUGCAUUCUUUUUGCUUGAGAGCUGUAUUGUGUCACAUCAUAUUACGAACAUCCAGUCAUGCCGGAUUAGCCGAGACACUUUCUACAUUUUUUUUACAGCGUUUACAUGUAGCUAUGUGAAUCAUCAUUCAAUCCAUAUAAUCUGCCACAAUUUUUCCAACACUAGCUCAUUUCCACCAUUUCAGCCUGAAGCACAUCUCUUUCACAUACUCAUUAAAUCUGCUGUACUUUUCAAACCAAAUUUUGUUCUCUCUUAGGCCUCAAGCUUUUCUCCAGUUCAAGAAAUUGCAAAAGCCCGUGAAAAAAUUCAUCAGACGCUUAGCUCGGUAAGCUAGUGUCUUAGCUUGCCCUUAAAUUUGCACCAUGGCCAUCAAUCUUUUUCUGAUCACUGACUUUAACAACCUAUCUAAAUAACCCAAUUUUUUAAUAUAAACAUGUAUCUUACAACAGUUUUCUGAAGGCAAGAGCUCAUGGGAGCACUGAUGGAUUAAAAACGUUCACAUUUGGAUACAGUUGACCAGUAAUAUAGCUAGGUUUUAACCUUACAGUUACAUUCAAUUCAGCCUCAUUAUGUGUAUAAGUACUAAGACGGUUAAUUGCAUCUACGUUAGGCACCAACAUAUGCGUCGGCUCCCGCAAGUGGAGAUGCUCGUAUUGCUCAGCUAGAAGAGGAGAACAGGCAACUGAGGAAAGGUCUGACAUACAUAAGAGAUUUAUAAGAAAUAAUUAAAAAUGUUGCUGAUUAAUCAAAUAAUGUUUACAGCACUUCAUCCUUGUUGUUGCCGACUGCCCUUUAGCCAGCGGACUCUACCAAAAUAGGACUUAGUCCCCACGGACUAGAGACUCGAACAUGUGCUCGCGAGAUCCGCCAUUUUGUUGUGUCAUUGUGUAGUUCUCGGAUCGCUAGUUAAAAUCUUUGUUGUUCUCGCUCGUUGCCCAAGUUUUAUUUUGUUUGGAUAACCUCCGCCACACUUGUGAGACUACUUUUGGGGAGUUGUGCUAAUACCUAUUAUCACCUGGUCAUCACGUAACAGUGUUAACCCUUAGUCUUAAAUCAUUUUUGAUAUUUGACUCUAUAGUUACUGAUGAGUUAAAGAAUGCACUGGAAAAACUAACAUUGCGAGUUACUCAGCUUGAGAAAGGUAAUAAAAAGACUAUAAUUAUCGUUCAGUUUUGUUCUCUAAAAUUAGAUUAAACAUAAAGAAAAUUGCAUACAUGUAAGUAUAAGAGGGCAGACCUGUUAAAGGCAGCUAUAGAGGGAAGUAACAGUCUCCAUAGCAGCAAAGAUGUCACCAUGGUAACCAAGCCACAGCCAUCCUCCAGACACCUAGCAACACAUCACUGAAAAGUCAGUGUGUGAAGCUAAGAGUUUGGGAAUCAGAGACUUUAAUUAAGCAAUGAGAACAGUGACAGCAGUAAAAACAUUACUGACAAAUAAUUAAGUUCAUGUGCUUUUCCUUGAACUUUAUUACAUAUAUUCCAUUGCAUGAAACUUGUCAAAUGUGGGUGAAUUCUUUUGAAGGUGAAUUUGUUAAGGAUCAUAAUUUAUGUUAAUUAAGUUUAGAAAAAGGUACAUACAUACAUAUUUAUUAAUGGUUAAGUGUAAAACACUAUACAGGAUGUUAAAAGGUCAAACGACACAGACAGGAGUACAUUUAAAUGCUAUGGAGACAAGAAAAUGCACUCCCGCCAUCUUUGAGCAUGGCUUACUGAAGGUGGAAUUAUCUAUCAUUAACUGUGUGAUUAAAAUGUCAUACAUUGACAAAUUUCACAUCAUAGUCACACACACUAUAGCAAAGAGAUGUACCAAAAAGGGUAAUCCAUUUAAGGAGUUGUGAAGGCUUAUUAAGUUACCUACUUAAUAGGACAAUUGCACGAUGACGUCAUUUUACUACAACUACCAGAAUCCUUGAGUUUUCUGUUUUCUUGUGCAAAUUAAGGCUAUUGUUCUUUAAUCCUCAGCGGGAUUGACAAAUUUAAAUAACAAAGCAAAACCAAAAUGAAUUCUGGUAGUUGUAGUCAAAUAUCGUCAUCAUGCAAUAAAUUGUCCUAUUCUUUGGCAGUUUUCAUUUUCGUUGAUGUCAUUGUUGCCUAUUAAGCUCCCUAGCUAUUCUUAUUUCAUGUACUGUGCUGUUGUUGGAUUUGAUCAAAUGCCUUGAAGAAGGCAUAACCUUGUUGAUUUAAGGGUUGCUUUUGAACAAGUUCUUGGUAAAUUUUUACUUACAAAGUAAAAUUUACCCUAUUGACAGCUACACACAAUUUGUUGGAAGUGUAUCAGUUUCUGUAACUUGCAGUGUGUGAUUUCUUUUCUUCAUAGGGGGCAAGGCACAGUCCGAGCCAGCUUCAGCUGUAAGUUUUUAUAAUUUUUUCUGAGAUUUGUUUAUGCAGAUCUUGAAAUGAAAGAUUUAUUUUUGCGUAGAAAGUAUAAAGUAUAUGUCUACAUAAUUUCUGUAUAAGAUACAUGGCAAUCAAGGCUAAUGUGGGAGAUAUUGAUUUUUAAAAAAAAACAGCGUCGAAGAUUUCCCUGCGCAUUUAACGUUUUGAAAUUAAACUACACCUGUAAAUAUGUGUCAUGAUCUGUAGGCUCGGACUGAAUGGCUUAUUAUUUACACUUGAAUUCUCAGCCACCAAAGGAGGGUAAAAAAGCUAAGGAUGACGAUAAGGAGGAAGAUGAUGAUGACUUUGAUUUGUUUGGCUCUGAUGAGGAGGAAGAAGAUGAAGAAGUAUGUCAGAAAAUCAACAAGACAUUUCAUGUUUAACUCAAUGCACAGACUUCUAAUGUGUGUCAGCAUUUUGCAUGAACACUGUACUUUGCUGCACCCUCUUUCUAUCUUGGGAUAUCUUAUCUUAGCUAUCCUGGUUUCUCUUGCUAGGAAAAAGAGGAGAGGAAAGCAAGACUUGCACAAUAUGCAGCCAAGAAAGCCAAAAGUAAGUAUUUGUACAAGUCUUUGUCUCUGUACACUGCUGAACCCUUUAAGUCCCAAUACUGACCAACAUCAAUUUUCUCCCAAUGAUAUCCGUACAUUGUCAAGAGAUUAAGUUAUGAGAAUUAAUAAAUGAUCACCUAAGAGAAAAUGCCUUGAUCUUUUGUCAAAUUCUCUCAACUCAUUCUUUCAGGAAAUGUAUAGAGAUCAGUUUGGAGAAUUUGUAUGUGGAUAUUGGGACUUAAAGGGUUAACGUAGGCUUGAUUAACAGCCACUGCACUGUUUGAGAAAACAGGGAGGAUCAAAGGACUGGACUCAGGAGAGUGGCGGCAAUCCAGCUUAUGCUCAACAGUGAUCAGUUCUUAACGGGAUUUUACUGUUAUCAGCCUAAAGGGAAACAUUGACGCCACUCCCACCCCCUGAAUUACGGACCUACCCUUGUACAAAAUAAAGAAAUAAAAUAAAUAAAUAAAUAAGUAGUCAUAUCAGGCACUUUUUUUUAAGGGAUCACAAUGGUAAAUUAUUAUUUUUACUGCAUAUUAUUCUGUUAUGGAAAGGAUUUUACUGUGUGAAAUUUAUCACUAUUUAUGUGGAGUAACUGAAUGUUAGUGAAUGAUUCAGUGCUUUCAAUAAGCACCCAUCGCUGAAAAGAGUAUGGUUUAACAUACAACUACUGUCGUUUCAGAACCAGGAGUUAUAGCAAAGUCAAACAUUAUUCUGGAUGUAAAACCGGUAGGUUUCUGUCAAGCCCAGAAAACCUUAAACAUCAAAAAUAUUUCCGAAAUGUUUAUUGUGUUGUUAUCAAUCACAACAAAGUUCAGGACGUGCAGGCAAACAACACAAUCACCAACUAAUUAGCAUUGUUUCUUGUGCUUUAGUGUCCACUUGCCUAAUUGACUUUUUCCUUCAACACAAUAACAUUUCAAUGAUAUUUCUGGUUUAACCAUGGCAGGAUUAGCUUAGUUGGUAGAGCGCUUGAUUGCAGAACGGGAGGUCUGAUAUUGAUGGUGAUUAUAACAAUAGUGAUGAUAAUGAAAGAUGAUGUUAAUGAUAAUGUUGAUGAUUGUGGUGGUGAUGAUAAUUUACAAUAUUAAUAUUUUGCUGAUGAUAACACAUGUUGAUUAAAUCAUAGAUGAUUACUUGAAUUACUUGAAUUACUUAGUUAUCGUACAUGUUCACGUACGCUACGCUCUACUGAUCAAAAACUUCUGGCAGUUCUGAAGUCAAGACUUAAAACAUACGGAGACAGGGCCUUCUCCAUUGCUGCACCUAAACUCUGGAACGAGCUGCCAUUAGAUCUUAGAAGUUUAGAUACAAUUAAUUUAUUCAAGAAACACUUAAAGACCGAUCUUUUUAAAAAAGCACAUUUUUUCUCCUCAGUGGGAUGAUGAAACAGGUAAGUUGAUGAGAAUUUACAUGAAGGUGAACUCUGCUAUCAAAAUUCAAAUUCUCAUUUGUUGUCCCUAUACAUUUCCUAUAGAAGUAGAGGGGAGAAAUAAUUGUUGAAGUAUAAACCAGAUUUAUCUUGUGUGAUGAUGUCCUUUAUUGUCGUCACUGAUCUGUUUUAUAAAAAGCAUUGAUAUCACAAGGAGAAUUUUGAUGCUGAUCAUUCUUGGAGGAUUAAGAGAAGCUUACUCAUAAUGGUUACUCAUACUAAGUAAUUUAAGAAAAAAAUACUCUAUCACUUUUAGCAGAGACUUAUAAAUAUCAUGGUAACAAAAAUUUUUGAUUGCCAGAACGAUGACGUGUAAAUGAAGCUGCUUCAAAUGUUAAAUAUUUCUUUUAUUUUACAGAUCUAAAAGCUAUGGAAGCCGCUGUACGUUCUAUCACAUGCGAUGGUCUUCUUUGGGGAACAAGUAAGUACCUGUACUGAUACAUAAGCGUCACCAUCACCAUCAUCAUCAUCAUCACUACCAGAACCACCACCGCCACUACCACAACCAGGAGGGAGUAGCAAUACUCCUAUGCAUGCUUCAAGCUAAAUAAACCGGGGUAAUUAAGCUCCGGCCGUUUUGCCCUUUGGUUCGUGUGCGCCUUUACCUUUACCACGAAGUGGACACGGGCAGGCUAUUGUUGUAAAGCUGGGCCGAAGCAAACCUUUAGAAACUAGGGGGGUGCAAAGAUUUUAGGUGGCUCAUUGUAUUUGAAAAGCAGAGGGUUUGCGGUCUGGACGACCCAUUGGACUGGUCUCUGUAUCCUAAAACUAGAAAAUGUUUCACCUAGCUGCAGAGACAUCAUUGUUUCAGUGCUCUGGGAGAUGAAUUUGUAUUUUCAACUUUUAUCCGUGCAUGUUUUGACUUUUUGCGGCAAAAAAAACGCGGCCCCUCCCCAAGCUACGGCCCUGUAAAGGCGAUUCUUAAUCUUAUGUCUAAACUCUGUCUUUGUGUGUUUUAGGCAAGUUUGUACCAGUAGCCUAUGGUGUACAGAAGCUACAAAUUUCUUGUGUAGUCGAGGACGAUAAAGUUGGUACAGAGUUUCUCGAGGAAAAAAUAACGGAAUUCGAAGAUUUCGUAAGUUUUAUUUAAACUCUUUGUUUUGACAGUUUCCUCUUCUUGUUACUUGAUCCUUUAAUGUCAUAUUUUUCGCUUUGUUUGCGGAGACGUAUGUGGCCGAGCGGUUAACAACUAGAACUCCAGAUUUCAAAGCCCGGCCCGUUGCGUUUUUCCCUUAAACUUUAUUUCGCUCUUUGUCUCGUACCCGGGUCUAUAAAUGGGUACCAGCAACAUACUGCUGGGAGGCAACCCUGCGAUGGAUUAGCAUCCUGUUCAGGGUUGCGGGGGGGGAGGGGUAGCAACACCCCUAGGCAUGCGUCAUGUUAAAGAAACCCGAAUAAGCCCCGGCCGUUUAAACCUUUGGCUCGUGUGCGCCUUCACCUUUUUAUACUCUGACAAGUGUUUUCACUUAUUUUGUGACUCUUAACAGAUUCAGAGUGUGGAUGUUGCUGCUUUCAACAAGAUCUAA